AUGAUAAGUAAUUUAUUUUCAAUUUUUGAUCCUUCAACAAAUUUAUUUAAUAUUUCAUUUAAUUGAAUUAGAACCAUUUUAGGAAUUAUAUUUAUUCCUUAUUCUUUUUGAUUAAUCCCUAAUCGUCACUUUUUACUUUGAAAUUUCAUUUUAUUAAAACUUCAUAAUGAAUUUAAAACUUUAUUAAAAAAUAAUUAUUUUCAAGGAUCAACUUUCAUUUUUAUCUCAAUAUUUUCAUUUAUUUUAUUUAAUAAUUUUUUAGGAUUAUUUCCUUAUAUUUUUACUAGAACAAGACAUUUAACUUUAUCAUUAUCUAUUUCUUUACCUUUAUGAUUAAGUUUCAUAAUUUAUGGUUGAUUAAAUAACUCUCAACAUAUAUUCAUUCAUAUAAUUCCUCAAGGAACACCCACUAUUUUAAUACCUUUUAUAGUAUUAAUUGAAACUAUUAGAAAUAUUAUUCGACCGGGAACAUUAGCAGUUCGAUUAACAGCUAAUAUGAUUGCAGGUCAUUUAUUAAUAACUUUAUUAAGAGGAACUGGACCUUCUAUACCGAAUUAUUUUAUUAUAAUUUUAGUAAUAAUUCAAAUUUUAUUAUUAAUCUUAGAAUCAGCAGUUGCGGUUAUUCAAUCAUAUGUAAUUGCUAUUUUAAGAACUUUAUAUUCUAGAGAAGUAAAUUAA